AGGAAUCAGGAUCGGCCAGAAAAACCAUUCCUGAUCAGACGACACCAUUCCUGAUCUUCAGGUAACCUGAUCUCAUUUCUGAAAGCCGCUUCCUGUGCCAUGCAAGUAGCCGUCUUAAUUAGGGAGCCGAUCCGAAUCGCGGAUCCAACGGAUCCAGUAGUCUUAAAUCUUGGCCUCUGCGGCUUACUGAAGCCUCUGAUACGGUCAUGAAUCCUCUGCGGCUUACAACAAUUCAAUCAUGCGAUUGGUCGGUACUAGAUACACCCGUCUCACGGGUUCGUCGUUCCUAGUCGCUAGAACUACCUAGAGCGGAACGGCUUGUUGGCCGAAGGUGAUUUUUGAGUCGACUAAAAAAUCACGAGCGGGACGUCUAGUUGGCCGGAGUUGGCCGGAACGUCGAGCUGGAACUACCUUGAGCGGAACGUCUAGUUGGCCUUGACAUUUGCUAAUUGCUCCGAUUCUUUCCUUACUCGCGGAUUAAUUCAUUAACAGGGCGAAAUGUCGCUGUUUGGGGGUUUCAAGCCUUCCACGCCGGCCGCUUUAGGGACCCAAACCUCCGCUUUAAGCACACCCGCAACAAGCACCCCGUCAACCCUACAACAGCAGCAGCAACAGCAGCAGCAGCAACAACAACAGCAACAACAACAGCAGCAGCAGCAGCAGCAGCAGCAGCAGCAGGAGCAGCAGUUGACUCUGGCCAUUCAGCAGGGUCAAGCGCAUCUGCUGACGAAUAACGAUCCCAGUCGAGGGGGUCCGCAACCGGCGGGGUUCGACACUAAGUUCAGCGAGCUUCACCCGGACAGCCAGAAGAUCCUGACGCACAUAGAGAGCAAGGUGUUGGAGCUUCGAGCCGAGAGCCAGAGGCUGGGGCAAUCCAGUCGACUGCAGGAUGUGUCACAAUUGGCGGACAAUGCGUUUGAGCGACAGGCAGCCAGAGUCAGCCAGAGCCUGUCGCACGUGGCAUGAUGGGUGGUCACAGAGAGGGC